AUGAAGAGCGAGCUGAGCAGGAAUUCCUCAGGAGUGACCGAGUUCAUUCUGCUGGGCUUCAGAACUGCUCCAGACAUACAGAUCCUCUUAUUCCUAUUCUUCUUGCUGGUCUACGUGGUCAUCGUGGUGGGAAAUAGCAGCAUGAUAAUUGUCAUCAGGAUGGACUCGAGGCUUCACAGGCCUAUGUAUUUCUUCCUUAGAAACUUGUCCUAUUUAGAUCUCUGCUACUCCACAGUCAUUGCUCCCAAAGCUCUGGCUACUUUCUUGUCCAAGGACAAGAAAAUUUCCUACAACGGCUGUGCAGCACAGUUCUUUUUCUUUGCUCUCUGUGUUGGGACUGAGGGCUUUCUUCUGGCCGUGAUGGCCUAUGAUCGCUUCUCAGCCAUUUGCUCGCCGUUCCUCUAUCCUGUCCGUAUGUCUCAACAGGUUUGUGUUCACUUAGUAAUUGGCUCCUACAUCUGUGGAGGCAUCAACUCCAUGGUCCAGACAGGAUUCACCUUCAGCUUGCGUUUCUGUGGAGAAAACCGCCUGGACCACUUCUUCUGUGACGUCCCAGCCCUGAUCAAGAUCUCAUGUGUUGACACGUCUGUGAACGAGAUGGUGCUGUUCAUCCUCUCCUCCCUCAUCAUUGUCACCACCACGACUGUCAUCCUGGUUUCCUAUGCUUACAUACUCUCCACUGUCCUGAAGAUCCCCUCCACCCACGGCAGGGGUAAGACCUUCUCCACCUGUAGCUCUCACAUCACUGUGGUGAGUUUGUUCUAUGGGACCGUGUUCUUCAUGUACGCCCAGCCUGGGGCCAUCUCCUCCCCAGAGAAAAGCAAGAUUGUAGCUGUGUUCUACACUCUUAUCAUCCCUAUGUUGAAUCCACUGAUUUAUAGUCUAAGGAAUAAGGAGGUGAAAAAUGCUGUGAAAAGGGUAUUGUUGAGAAGAGUAUCUUUCCAUUGA